CUACUUUGUAGGUAUGGAAAGGCAAAAUAACGUGAAACAAAAAACAUCAAUAAUAACAACUUAUCAUUAAGUUUCAAGAGAGUGCCGUUUCUUCGUAUCCUUCUUAUUAUCAUAGUACUCCAUGAUAAUAAUGAGAGGUUGGUAAUUGCUAUAAAUAUUCAAGUUGAGUCCCAAGUCAAUCUAGGACGAACGGCGAAAUGAAGUGGUUUAUGCUAUUUUGGAUCAGCUGCGUUGCUGUUAACGCUUUUCCGGAGAGGCAAACCAAAAUUGUUGGAGGCACGGAGACGACAGUGAACCAAUAUCCAGAAGUUGCAUCCUUGCUCUACUCCUACUGGGGAAUUUUCUACAACCAGGCAUGUGGAGGCAGCAUCCUUAAUACGAGGUCCAUCCUCACAGCUGCUCACUGUGUUGUAGGUGAUUCGGCAUCAAACUGGCGGAUUCGAGUGGGCUCAACAUACGCCAACAGUGGCGGGACUGUACUCAGUGUAGGGUCCAUUGCCUACCACGGUAGUUACGACUCGCAAACCAAUGACUAUGACGUAGCCAUUCUUCGGUCUGCAACUACAAUCGUCUUCGGCACUCUAGUAAAGCAAAGCAGCAUCGCCGGACCUUCCUACAACCUUGCUGAUAACCAAGCAGUCUGGGCCGUCGGCUGGGGAACAACAUCGUCCGGGGGCUCAGCGUCGGAGAAGCUACGUCACGUCCAAAUCUGGACUGUUAAUCAGGCCGUGUGUAGGCAGCGCUAUGCGGUAUGGGGAAACACCAUCACCGACAACAUGCUGUGCUCCGGCUGGUUGGACGUGGGCGGUCGCGACCAGUGCCAGGGCGACUCCGGUGGCCCUCUCUUCCACAACAGCGUGGUGGUCGGCAUUUGCUCCUGGGGGAGAGGAUGCGCUCUUGCCGCCUACCCAGGAGUCAACACAAGGGUAUCUCGUUUUACCGCUUGGAUCCAAGCCAACGCAUAAGCAGUGAACUCGAUAUAAAAACCGCGUUGUAAUGUAAUUGUGAUAAAGUAUAUUAUACAAGCAUA